AUGGAUGAUGCUUCAGGCAGAGAGAAGCAGCGCGGCCAGCUCCUGCGUCAGACGAGAGAAACCAACCACGCAACACCCCGAUUCAAUCACGUGCCAUCCACUUCCGCCGGCCAACUCAAUUCUAUCGCGAUAUUCUCGACCAAGCAAAAGGGGAAACAAAUCGCACACCUCACACCACCCAAAAUGUCCCAAUUACUUUCCCCAAUAGCCCUCUGGGCCCUACGGACUCUGGCCCACCGUCCUGCGGUGUCCUCGCCCCUCUGCCGCACCAUCACCACAUCACCCGCUAUCUCCUUCGCCUCGAAACAAUCCCCGAUCACCUCUCGCCUCAAUUUCCAGCCCGUCUUCCGCACAGCCGCCGUCGGCUUCUCCGCCGUGCCGAAGCGGCAAUUCUCUAGCUCGCCUAUCAUCCGCGCUACGUACAACCAGGUCCGGCGCGGUAUUCGCACCGGACAGCGGGCUCGUCGGGGUGGAUCGCCUGCGCUGAAGGGGACGCCUGGUUUGAAGGGCGUUUGUCUUAAGACUGGUGUUACCAAGCCUAAGAAGCCUAACUCUGGUGAGAGGAAGGUUGCAAGAGUGCGGUUGAGUUCUGGCAAAGUUAUUACUGCUUAUAUUCCUGGUGAAGGCCACAAUAUUCAGCAGCAUAGUGUUGUCCAGGUCCGUGGUGGACGUGCUCAGGAUUGUCCUGGUGUGAAGUAUACCCUUGUUCGUGGCGCGAUGGAUUUGGGUGGUGUUGGAAGCCGUAUGACGAGUCGGUCGAAGUACGGUGCGAAGAAGCCGAAAACCAAUUAA